GGAACACCCUCAAGAGGCUUUGAUGAGAAAGCAUACCUUACAGCCAAGCAACUGAAAGCUGGAGAGGACCCCUACAGGCAGCAUGCUUUCAACCAAUUGGAGAGUGACAAGUUGAGCCCAGACCGGCCCAUCCGGGACACCCGCCAUUACAGUUGCCCAUCUGUGUCCUAUUCGUUGGACCUGCCAGCCACUAGCAUCAUCAUCACCUUUCACAAUGAAGCCCGCUCCACCCUCCUGCGCACAGUGAAGAGUGUCCUGAACCGAACACCUGCCAACUUGAUCCAGGAGAUCAUUUUAGUGGAUGACUUCAGUUCAGAUCCUGAAGAUUGUCUGCUCCUGACCAGGAUCCCCAAGGUCAAGUGCCUGCGCAAUGACCGGAGGGAAGGGCUUAUCCGGUCACGGGUUCGAGGGGCAGACGUGGCCACUGCUGCUGUCCUUACCUUUCUGGACAGCCACUGUGAAGUGAACACUGAGUGGCUGCAGCCCAUGCUGCAGCGGGUGAAGGAGGACCACACCCGCGUGGUGAGCCCCAUCAUUGACGUCAUCAGUCUGGAUAAUUUUGCCUACCUUGCAGCGUCUGCUGACCUUAGAGGAGGGUUCGACUGGAGCCUACAUUUCAAGUGGGAACAGAUCCCUCUUGAGCAGAAGAUGAGCCGGACAGAUCCCACCAGGCCCAUAAGGACACCAGUCAUAGCUGGAGGAAUCUUUGUAAUCGACAAGUCCUGGUUUAACCACUUGGGAAAGUAUGAUGCCCAGAUGGACAUCUGGGGAGGAGAAAAUUUUGAACUCUCCUUCAGGGUGUGGAUGUGCGGUGGGAGCUUGGAGAUUGUCCCCUGCAGCCGGGUGGGCCACGUCUUCAGGAAACGACACCCGUACAACUUCCCUGAGGGCAAUGCCCUCACCUACAUCAGGAAUACCAAGCGCACUGCAGAGGUGUGGAUGGACGAAUACAAGCAGUACUAUUAUGAGGCCCGACCCUCAGCCAUCGGGAAAGCCUUUGGCAGUGUGGCCACUCGGAUUGAGCAGCGAAAGAAAAUGAACUGCAAGUCCUUCCGCUGGUACCUGGAGAAUGUCUACCCAGAGCUCACUGUCCCCGAGAAGGAAGUGCUCCCUGGCAUCAUAAAGCAGGGCGUCAAUUGCUUAGAAUCCCAAGGCCAAGACGCAGCUGGUGACACCCUGCUUGGAAUGGGGAUCUGCAGAGGGUCUGCCAAGAACCCACCUACGGCCCAGGAGUGGCUGUUCAGUGACCAUCUCAUCCAGCAGCAAGGGAAGUGCCUAGCUGCUGCUUUCCCAUCCCCUGGUGCCCUGGUCGCACUGCAGGUGUGCAACCCAAAAGAAGGCAGUCAGAAGUGGAGGAGAAAAGGCUCCUUCAUCCAGCAGUCGGUCAGUGGACUCUGCCUGGAGAUGCAGCCCACACAGCUGGUGACCAACAAGUGUCAGGCCGACACCUCAGCCCAGCAGUGGCAACUGCUGCCACACACAUGACUGUAACCCAGGACCUCCUGAACCUUUUGCAUGAGACUUUGGGACCGGAAGGGGGUUGGGGGUGGGAGUGUAAAGCGGGCUGUCUCCAUCUCCUCACAUUUCUGCCGGAAUCAUCAGCAAACACCCCUGCCCCCGCACACGUUUCUCCAAAGCUUGUACUGGGAAGGCAUUUGGACCCAGGACCAUGCCCUAAUGACCUCUCUGCUGUCCUGGCCUUGCCCUGGGAGAGGAGAUGGUCAGGAUGUUGGACUGUAGCUGGGCGAGCUGGUCGGGUGCCCCUGGACCUUGUUCUCUCCUUCACCCCUUCUGUGGAC